AAGGCGUGUUCAGAAUGGGACCUGUGACGUUGCGGGACGGUUGAGCGAAAGGGGGGCGGAGUUUUAUUCGUUUUGAGCGCGCCAGGUUCGGAAAUGGACGUGGAGGCAAGUUUAACGGUUUCCAGGCCAAUUCGUCCCCCUCGACUGAGUUCCGCGGCGGCAGGUUCGGCUGGGCGUGACGAGGCGCCGGUUCCUUUCUCUCAGGUGGAGGCGGUCGCCGCCGGAUGGAUGCUGGACUUCGCUUGCCGCUGCCAGUGCCGCCAUUUUUGUCAGGGGAACUGGAGGGAAUUCGAGAACAGCCGAGACCAGGCGCUGACUAUUAUCAAAGGACUAAAUCAAAUAGAAACUCAUCAAAUGAAAACAGUGUGCCUUUGUCAGCUGUUGGCAUAUAUUGCAGAAGGAAAAUCACUUGAUUUUCAUUUGGGGAAUGAUGAAGACUCUUCACCACUGGAAAAAGCCCUGUUAAUCUGGACUUCAUUUUUAAAAACACAAAGCAAACAAGAAAAGCUGCAUGAAGACAUCAAGCGGUUAAUUCAGAUUCAGGCUGUAGCAGUGUAUAUGGAAAAAGGAUAUUUUACGGAGUCUGCAGAAGUCCUGGAAAGAAUAUUUCCGGAAUCUCUCUCAAAUGAGCCUUUGAGAAUGAAGCUGGCUGCAAUAGUAAAACACAAAGAUCCAUAUCAUCCAUUCCUCCGAAAUUUCAGUUUCAGUCUUUUGAUUAAGAACAUCAAAUCAUACAUCAGUAUUUUCUUGAGUGAAAAAUCUGAUUUUCUAACAAAGGAAGCUAUGAAAGAAGUGGAAGCUAGAAGUUCAGGAAAAAUAAUGUUAGAAUUGCAAUGUAACAGUGUAAGUGAAUCAAAGAAAGAAAGCUGUUUGGAAACCAAACAAAGCUCAAAUAGACAAACUUGUUCAUUAGCUAGCCAAGUACCUUGGGAUUCAUGGCAACUACAGACUUCCCAGAGAAAAAUAAGGAGAAAAGGAAGUGCUCUUCAAAGCAAGAGGGAGCUGCAUGAUCCUGAAAAUGGUCAAGAAGAUACUUUAUCUGUGUCAACAAGUUUUAAGAAACAGCGAUGGAGUUGGGAAGAAGACCAGAAUUUGAAGCAGGGUGUACAGAAGUUUGGAGUGGGAAAGUGGACUAAAAUUCUUCUACAUUAUGACUUCGGUCAUCGGACUAAUGUAAUGUUGAAAGACAGAUGGAGGACUUUGGUCAAACUUAACAUGGUUUAA